GCGAGGCGAGGGGUGUGAUGCGGCACUGCGGUUGUGAGGCCGUUACUCCGGCUCCUCCAGAGAGGGCAGAGGACUAGGCUGUAGCGCGGCGGUGGUUUUGUGCUAGGGCGUCCCGGAGGCGCACUGAAAAGGCUGGCGGGGCUCAGAAAACUGGGGGGUUAGGGACACACAUUCAAGCCCCCACCCCCCCGGGAGGGGAAGGGGGCUGGAGGCGAGGCUUGAGGGCGGCGGAGGGAUGGUGUCUGCUCGGGGGGAAGGGGCGAGCCCUGCCUGUCUUUGGUGAGGGGCUGCCGGCAGGGGAGGCUCCGCGGGCUGAAGCGGCUCCAUGCCCACUGGUGGGUGGAACGUGUUGAGCGGAACGCGGAGGUCGAGCUUGGCGGCCGCUCGGAACCCUCUCUAACGUGGUGUUUCAUUUAGCCCGCGUUGGGAUUAAUUCAUUGGAGGCAGCUUCGCUGGUCUGGCUCCUCCAGGAGCUGGGCAACCUUGACGGGCUUUUUGUCUUGCUGCUCCUGCCCCUUUUCCCUUCCUCCUCCUCCAGAUGCCUUUUCUCUGCCCGGUACAGACAUUUCCAGCGCAGGCUGCGGCUCGUAGCUGCUGUCGAAGCCACUUCUCGGGAUUUCGGCUCUUUUCCCUCUGGGGUAUUUUUUGAGGAAGGGAGAGUUUUGCUCUCCCCUCCACGAUGGGAUUUUCUCCCCGUGCCAAAAUGGACUUCCAUUGAUUUCUACUUCUUCAACGUUUAGUGACCAAUUCCCUAGGCGUAUUUUUGUGGUAGUUCCUUUUUUUUUUUUUCCACAUACAUUAUCUGUAAAAUGGAGAACGAGAUCUUUACUCCCCUUCUGGAGCAGUUCAUGACCAGCCCCUUGGUCACUUGGGUUAAAACGUUUGGACCUCUGGCUGCAGGAAAUGGAACCAACCUGGAUGAAUAUGUUGCUUUGGUGGAUGGGGUAUUCUUGAACCAGGUCAUGCUCCAAAUUAAUCCUAAAACGGAGAGUCAGAGAGUAAAUAAAAAAGUCAACAAUGAUGCCUCACUUAGAAUUCAUAAUCUAUCCAUUUUGGUGAGACAGAUAAAAUUUUAUUAUCAGGAGACUUUGCAGCAGUUGAUCAUGAUGUCAUUGCCAAAUGUCUUAAUCAUUGGCAAAAAUCCCUUCUCUGAACAAGGCACAGAAGAAGUUAAAAAGUUGCUUUUACUUUUACUGGGUUGUGCAGUUCAGUGUCAGAAAAAAGAAGAAUUUAUUGAAAGAAUUCAAAGUUUAGAUUUUGAUACAAAAGCAGCAGUUGCCGCACAUAUUCAAGAGGUAACCCAUAAUCAGGAAAAUGUGUUUGAUCUGCAGUGGAUGGAAGUGACGGAUAUGUCUCAGGAGGAAAUGGAACCGCUCUUGAAAAAUAUGGCAUUGCAUCUAAAAAGACUUAUAGAUGAGAGAGAUGAACAUUCAGAGACUAUCAUAGAACUCUCCGAAGAACGAGAUGGUCUUCAUUUUCUACCCCAUGCCUCUUCAUCUGCACAAUCACCCUGUGGUUCUCCAGGCAUGAAACGAACAGAAAGUCGACAACAUCUGUCAGUGGAACUGGCAGAUGCUAAGGCGAAGAUAAGAAGGCUUAGGCAGGAAUUGGAGGAAAAGACUGAACAGUUGCUGGACUGUAAACAAGAACUUGAACAAAUGGAAAUAGAACUAAAAAGGCUGCAGCAAGAGAACAUGAAUUUGCUUUCGGAUGCACGUUGUGCAAGAAUGUAUCGAGAUGAAUUAGAUGCACUUCGAGAGAAGGCAAUCCGAGUUGAUAAGCUUGAAAGUGAAGUCAGCAGAUACAAAGAGAGGCUACAUGAUAUUGAAUUUUAUAAGGCAAGAGUUGAGGAAUUAAAAGAGGACAAUCAAGUUUUAUUAGAAACAAAAACCAUGCUGGAAGACCAAUUAGAAGGAACUCGAGCUCGUUCUGAUAAAUUACAUGAAUUAGAAAAAGAGAAUUUACAACUAAAGGCUAAACUGCAUGAUAUGGAAAUGGAACGUGAUAUGGAUAGAAAAAAGAUUGAAGAAUUAAUGGAAGAAAAUAUGACUUUGGAAAUGGCACAGAAACAAAGUAUGGAUGAAUCAUUACAUCUUGGCUGGGAGCUGGAGCAAAUAUCCAGAACUAGUGAACUUUCUGAAGCACCACAAAAAUCCUUGGGUCAUGAGGUGAAUGAGUUGACAUCAAGUAGGUUAUUGAAGUUGGAGAUGGAAAACCAGACUUUGACAAAAACCGUAGAAGAGCUUCGGAGUACUAUGGAUUCUGCAGAAGGUAACACUUCCAAAAUCCUAAAAAUGGAAAAAGAAAAUCAAAGACUAAGUAAAAAGGUUGAAAUUCUUGAGAAUGAGAUUAUUCAAGAAAAGCAAAGUCUUCAGAAUUGUCAGAAUUUAAGCAAAGAUCUAAUGAAGGAGAAAGCUCAGCUUGAAAAAACAAUUGAAACACUAAGAGAAAAUUCAGAGAGACAGAUUAAAAUAUUGGAACAGGAAAAUGAACACCUGAAUCAAACCGUAUUAUCCUUAAGACAGCGUUCCCAGAUAAGUGCUGAAGCAAGGGUAAAGGACAUUGAAAAAGAAAAUAAAAUUCUUCAUGAAUCUAUCAAAGAAACAAGUAGCAAGCUAAGCAAGAUUGAAUUUGAAAAAAGACAAAUUAGAAAAGAACUGGAACAUUAUAAAGAAAAAGGAGAACGAGCGGAAGAACUUGAAAAUGAAUUGCAUCAUCUUGAAAAAGAAAAUGAAUUGUUACAGAAAAAAAUAACCAAUUUAAAAAUUACUUGUGAAAAAAUUGAGGCCCUUGAACAAGAAAAUUCAGAACUAGAAAGAGAAAAUAGGAAAUGUAAAAAAAGAUUGGAUAGCUUUAAAAACCUUAGUUUUCAGUUAGAGUCCCUAGAGAAAGAGAAUUCCCAACUUGAUGAGGAAAACUUAGAACUGCGAAGGAAUGUGGAAUCUUUGAAAUGUGCAAGUAUGAAAAUGGCUCAGCUACAACUAGAAAAUAAAGAACUAGAAAGUGAAAAAGAGCAACUUAAGAAGGGCUUGGAGCUCAUGAAAGCAUCUUUCAAGAAAACUGAACGCUUAGAAGUUAGCUAUCAGGGUUUAGAUACAGAAAAUCAAAGGCUGCAGAAGGCUCUUGAAAACAGCAAUAAAAAAAUUCAACAAUUAGAGAGUGAACUACAAGACUUAGAGAUGGAAAACCAAACAUUGCAAAAAAACCUAGAAGAGUUAAAGAUAUCUAGCAAAAGACUAGAACAGCUAGAAAAAGAAAAUAAAUCAUUAGAGCAAGAGACUUCUCAACUGGAAAAGGAUAAGAAACAACUGGAGAAGGAAAAUAAGAGACUCCGACAACAAGCAGAAAUAAAAGAUACCACAUUAGAAGAAAAUAAUGUGAAAAUUGGAAAUUUGGAAAAAGAAAACAAAACUCUAUUCAAAGAGAUUGGUAUUUAUAAAGAAUCCUGCAUUCGUCUGAAAGAAUUAGAAAAAGAAAAUAAGGAGCUUGUGAAAAGAGCAACUAUUGAUAUAAAAACUUUGGUUACAUUACGUGAGGAUUUGGUGAGUGAAAAAUUGAAGACUCAACAAAUGAAUAAUGAUCUCGAAAAAUUAACUCAUGAGCUUGAGAAGAUAGGGUUAAAUAAAGAGCGACUCUUACAUGACGAACAAAGUACUGAUGACAGUAGGUACAAACUUUUGGAAUCUAAAUUAGAAUCUACGCUAAAGAAAUCCCUUGAAAUAAAAGAGGAAAAAAUUGCUGCUUUAGAAGCUCGAUUAGAAGAAUCCACAAAUUAUAACCAGCAAUUGCGCCAAGAACUUAAAACAGUGAAAAAGAAUUAUGAAGCUCUUAAACAGAGACAAGAUGAGGAAAGGAUGGUGCAGAGUUCUCCUUCAACUUCUGGUGACGAUAAAUGGGAGCGAGAAAGUCAAGAAACGACCAGAGAGCUUCUGAAAGUUAAAGACAGAUUAAUUGAAGUAGAAAGAAAUAAUGCUACACUGCAAGCAGAGAAGCAAGCAUUGAAAACUCAACUGAAACAACUUGAGACACAGAACAAUAAUUUGCAGGCUCAGAUUCUUGCACUUCAGAGACAGACAGUGUCAUUACAGGAGCAGAAUACUACUCUUCAAACACAGAAUGCCAAGCUUCAGGUUGAAAAUUCCACACUUAAUUCCCAAAGUACCUCACUUAUGAACCAGAAUGCACAACUCCUAAUCCAGCAGUCUUCCUUAGAAAAUGAAAAUGAAUCUGUAAUCAAAGAGCGAGAAGACCUGAAAUCUCUCUAUGAUUCUCUGAUCAGAGAUCAUGAGAAACUAGAACUUCUUCAUGAACGGCAGGCUGCAGAGUAUGAAUCUCUAAUUGCCAAACACGGAACUCUGAAGUCUGCCCACAAAAAUCUUGAGGUGGAACAUAAAGACCUCGAAGACCGUUACAAUCAGUUACUAAAACAGAAAGGACAAUUGGAAGAUUUGGAAAAAUCACUGAAAGUAGAACAGGAAAAAAUGCUUCUUGAAAACAAAAACCAUGAGACUAUAGCUGCAGAAUACAAGAAACUUUGUGGUGAAAAUGAUAGGUUGAAUCAUACAUAUAAUCAGCUUUUAAAAGAGACUGAAGUUUUACAAACUGACCACAAAAACUUGAAAAGCCUUCUAAAUAAUUCCAAACUGGAACAAACAAGAUUAGAAGCUGAAUUUUCAAAGCUAAAGGAACAGUAUCAACAGUUGGACAUCACGUCCACCAAGCUAAAUAACCAAUGUGAGUUGCUAAGCCAACUUAAAGGAAAUUUAGAAGAAGAAAAUCGACAUCUACUAGAUCAAAUUCAGACAUUAAUGCUGCAGAACAGAACACUGUUGGAACAGAAUAUGGAAAGCAAGGAUCUUUUUCAUGUUGAACAAAGACAGUACAUUGAUAAGCUAAAUGAAUUAAGACGACAAAAGGAGAAAUUAGAAGAGAAAAUUAUGGAUCAAUACAAAUUUUAUGAGCCAUCUCCUCCUAGAAGGAGAGGCAACUGGAUUACUUUAAAAAUGAGGAAGUUGAUAAAGUCUAAGAAAGAUAUUAAUCGGGAACGUCAGAAAUCUCUAACCUUAACACCUACCCGCUCAGACUCCAGUGAAGGAUUUCUUCAACUCCCCCAUCAAGAUAGUCAAGAUAGUUCUUCAGUAGGUUCAAACUCUUUAGAAGAUGGCCAAACUUUGGGAACCAAGAAAAGCAGCAUGGUUGCACUGAAAAGACUGCCCUUUUUGAGGAACAGACCGAAGGAUAAAGACAAAAUGAAGGCCUGCUACCGUCGUUCCAUGUCCAUGAAUGACCUGGUGCAGUCCAUGGUCCUAGCAGGAGGACAGUGGACAGGUAGUACUGAGAAUUUGGAGGUUCCUGAUGAUAUUUCAACGGGUAAAAGGAGAAAAGAAUUGGGAGCUAUGGCCUUCUCUACUACAGCCAUCAACUUUUCAACUGUCAACUCUUCUACAGGCUUCAGAUCCAAGCAGUUGGUUAAUAAUAAAGAUACUACAUCUUUUGAAGACAUAAGUCCACAAGGUAUUAGUGAUGAUUCUAGUACGGGAUCAAGAGUUCAUGAUGCUCAUAUACCUCCUGUUCGUGGCCUCCCUACAAUGUGCAGAGUUCCUUGUCUGAUCUGUUCUUCAAGACCAGCAAGCCUUGAUAGUGGCAGAACAUCCACUAGCAAUAGCAAUAACAAUGCUUCACUCCAUGAAGUCAAAGCAGGUGCAGUUAAUAUCCAAAGCAGGCCACAAAGCCAUAGCAGUGGAGAGUUUAGCCUGCUUCAUGAUCAUGAGGCUUGGUCCAGCAGUGGCAGCAGUCCAGUCCAGUACUUGAAAAGACAAACCAGAUCAAGUCCAGUGCUGCAGCACAAAAUGCCUGAAACAGUAGAGAGUCGAGCUCAUCACAAGAUCAAAACUGGUUCCCCUGGAAGUGAAGUUGUUACUCUACAGCAGUUUUUGGAAGAAAGCAACAAGCUUACCUCAAUACAGAUAAAGUCCUCAAGUCAAGAGAAUCUUUUAGAUGAAGUAAUGAAAAGUUUGUCUGUCUCUUCUGACUUUUUGGGAAAAAGUAAACCAAUUAGUUGUGGUCUGGCCAGGUCAGUAAGUGGAAAAACCCCAGGAGACUUCUGUGACAGACGGACAACUAAGCCUGAACAAUUUGUGAGACCUGGUCCUCGGAAGACUGAAGACACCCACUUCAUUAGUUCUCCAGGAAAAACUAUACCAGGCGCUCAAGGAAAGAUAAAAUUAGUAAAAGAAACUUCUUUGUCACGACAAUCAAAAGAUAGUAAUCCUUAUGCCACUUUACCUCGUGCAAGCAGUGUAAUCUCUACUGCCGAAGGAACUACUCGAAGGACAAGCAUCCAUGAUUUUUUGACCAAGGACAGUAGACUACCUAUGUCAGUUGAUCCAUCACCAGCUACUGCUGAUAGCGACAUCACUGCAGCAUCUAAUGUGGACAAAGUACAAGAAAACAGAAAUUCAAAAAGCAGGUCUAGGGAGCAACAAAGCUCCUAAUUCUAUUACCCACUACAUGACAUGUGGGCCAAGUGAGAGAAAAGUGUCCUUCAGUUUCUCAGUAUGAAGCCUUUAUUUCUGAAGUAACAAGACACCCAACUAUAGAAAUCAUUUAAAAAAUCUUUAAGGAGACUUUAUACAAUCCUGCGUGACUAAAGCAGGCAAGAAAUACAAACCUUCAUUCCUUCCUUGAAUCAAGGAGCACUACUGGAGUCAACUGCCAAAAUUUUUAGAAGGUUUUAGGACUUACUAUAUACAUUGUACUGUUAAGAUCUACUGAAUAAAGGAUCUUCUCUCGCUAAGGACCAAGUGUUUUAAGGUUUCAAGAAGUACUCCAAGAAUAACCUACUUCUUCUAUCAUUUGUUUAUGAAUUUAUCCAUGUUUGCUUAAUGCUUCUGCUAAGUAUUAGCCAAAAUCUAGCCAUUUAUAUUUAGUUGUAUAAAUCUAAAUUAAAUGCUGUAGUAUGUUGUGGAAUGUAUUAUAUAUCAAGAUACAGAGAACAUUGUUUGGGCAUGCCAGAGCCUUAUUUGGUUAGCAGACUGCAUGUGUUGGUAUUCUUUUUCUUUUUUUAAGCCAAUUAUUUUGAUGCACUGCAAAAGAAAUUCAGUUUAUUAGAUAAAUCUGAAAAAUCCAUGAUAGGAGUUAUACAAAAUUUACAGUAAUAUUAAUCUUUCCAUAGUCCCCAUUAAGCAACACUAAGCAUUCACAUUUGGAUCCAAGUUAAGAGUUUUCCUGAAACUUUUUUUUAAUAAGGUGAUUUUCCAGCAGAUGGCAUUCCCAAGAUAAAGCUGUUGUAUUUUAACUCAUUUCCCUUCUUUAGUAUUAGGUUAUAUAUUUGUGGGGUUUUUUUUUAACUUGAGAGCUAACUGUUGCUUAAGAAGUUUUCUUAUGGCAAAGAUAAUGUAAAUAAUUUACUGUGAUCUACAUUUUGCCAGGAACUCACUUAUUAUUAAGGUUAUCACUUAUUAAUAAGAAUUUUUCUGUUUUUGUCCUUUAUAAUAUUACAUUAAAGUUGGUAACUAUUAUUGGUACUUUUGAAAUAUUUGUAUGCAUUUGUUACCUUUAACAUUUGAAAGAAGCACAAAAAAGUAGAUUUAGUUAAUCCAGGGAAACAUCAAUUUUUUUGUAGUUCCAAUUUUAUAUCACAGUUUUAUUUUCUUAUGAAAUCCAAAAAUGCAUUGAUACCUCUUAAUGCAAAUUCAUUAUUUAACAUAAAUAUCAGAAUAAUCUUAAAGGUCUGAAAUGAAAAACUUUUUUAUUUUAACAGUAUACUUCUUAGGCUCUCAUUACCAGCUCUAAAGAUCUUUUUGGAAUAAUUCCAUAUUCCACAGUGUGUCUUUUAUGAACUAUGUGUUUCAUCACUAACCUAGCUCCCAUGAGAAAUGUGUGUGUAUCACUGUCUCUCCCUCCCUCCCUCUCUCCCCUUCCCUCCCUCCCUCCCUCCCUCUCUCUGUCUCUCACACACACACAUUUUUUUUGGUAGGCCAGUAGCAGUGUUGUGUUCAUAGUCUACUUUCAGAAAAACCAUUAAUGAAAAGACAGAAUGUAUAGUUGACCAGAAUUUCAAAUGGAAGUUAGCGAACUUGGACUUACGAACUUAAUGCCACAAUUAACUUAGGUUUUGCCGCCAAAUAAUGCUGUAAAAUAAAUCACUUUUAAACUCUUGGAUGAAAGGUGCUAUGUAAUGUAAAUACCAAGGAUUCUUACUAAAAUACAAAUAUGCCCAACAGACAUAUUUAAAACCUAUUCUCUAGACUUUGAAAAACCUCUCUCCAUCAUGACUUCCUAGAUUGAAAUAUCAAAUCGAUAAUGAGCAUUGUGGCAGUCUAGAGACACAUGUAAAAAAUGUAAAUUCAUUUUUGGUGGAUAAGUGGAAAGUAAAUAUAGAAAUUAUCUUUUAGCUAAAAGUGGGUAACUUACAUUUAUAUUAACUAGCUUCUAAUUUGCACAACUAGGACACAUCCCAGGACAAUUACUGAAAGUUGACAUUUAAUGAGUAGGACAUGGCCCAAUGAGGGUGAAUGAUAUCACAGCUUGACCUCUGCAGGACACCUAUAUCCUAAAACAAGGAACCUACUUACUUAAGCAGCACAUGAUUGCUUCAAGUAGAAAAUACUUAAGGGAAGCCUAUAAAGUACUAAAUCUGAGUAGGCUGACCCCUGGGAAAGCCCAGUUAAAGAGACAACCAAGGGAACACCUGAAACUGCAAAAGUGGGAAUAUAUUCAUCACCUUUUUCAUACCAUUGCAAGAAAGGCCUAGAUAAUAACCACAUAUUUUACUUUCUCCAAAAGGUACCAUCAGAAGCAAACUUAGUAGGAAGUCACUUUUCCCUUAAACUACAUCUGCCAAACAAAAUAGUAUGGCCAACUAGAAACUAACAGGCCACUUUUCUGACUGGGGCCUGACAUGCUUUUAAUUAUGUCUCUAAAGUAAAUCUACACCCAACCCACGAGAAAACUGAAGAAUUCAAUAUACAGGGUAAGAGCUUCGAUCCAGAGCUCCAAUAAAUGCUUCAGAUCUGGCUAUGAGGAAAUGUUUGGUCCAAGUUUUUGAACUGGUGGUUACCAGCGAGUUCAGAAAACAGGUUUGUAUGUAGCACCUUUCAUGCAAUGCAUAGUAAGAGCCUAUUUAAAAAUCACUGUGCAUAUUUCAAAAUUGCAGCCACCUCACAAAUGAAAUAUUGCAGUCUGUACUGUCUUAACAAUUUGUCAGGAAGUGAAAGGUUAUUGUACCAAAUCUGGAAUUACAGUGAGGAGUAAUGAUGUAUGCUAAAAGACUUGUGUAUUUUAAGUUACUUAUGAGAAAAGUGGUGAAUUUUUGUUUUUCUUUUCUGCUACCCUUAGUCCUGAGAUGUAUUUUUUUUUCUUUAAGCCUUGAAUGAAUACAAAAGGAGCCCAUUUUAUACUAUAAACCUUGCUGUACAUGUUGAAAUAUUUGGACAAUGAAAAUGCCUUAAAAGGAAUGCUUAUGGAUAAAGUUGCACUUAUAACACCCUUUAACAAAACCUGAUUUUAAAUUGUCUUUUUCUUUUUUACUAAGGGUUCUCUUUCAAUGUUUGCUAUUGUACUUAUAACUGUUAUUAAAUACCAAAUCAAAUAAUAUAAAAGCUGUAACAUUUCCUUUAAAAGUAAUGCUACUGACAAAUUUGGAGUUGAACAGCAAAAUGUUUACUUGGCAAUUAGUAUCAGACACAGAAAUCCAAUUUAUAACAAAAUUUGACACCGUUUCUCUUUCUAAAAGCAUUAUUUUUCAUUUUUUUAAUCAGGUUGGUUUCACAUUCACUUAUCAAAAUGAUAUAAAAAUAAAACAGGUGAUUUUUGUAACAAGUCGUUAGUAAUCAUUUGAAAAUUAUAAAAUUUAGCCAAGUAGUAUUCUUUCCUUUUCCUAGGAAAACAUUUUCAGACAUAACACAUAAUCUUGUUUGGAUGAUUCUGUCCUAAUCAUUUUGGAAUGCAUAUUGGAGGUUUCGGGAGAGGAUCAGUUCUGUCAAUCCCAGAAUAGGUUUAAAUACAUUACUAGAUUGUACAAAUCAAUCUCUCUUGUUUCCACUUACAUUACAGCCUUUGGAGGCAGAAUGUUAGAGGGAAACCAGCCUUUUGUCCUUGGGCAGGAAGGUCUUUCUGGGCCUGUAUUCCACCAGAGGUGGGAAGGGCAGUUAGACCAGUUAGUUACCCAAGGUCCUCAGUAUCUUUGAUUCUAUUCAUUAAACCUUUGUUUUAUACGCAAAGCAACCUAAAAUUUAGAGAUAAUAUAGUGCAGUGUAGGUAAAAAC